AUCAUCUUUCCCUCUUUCCUUCCACCGAGAGCAAAACCUAAAAAUGGUCGUUUGAUUCUCUCUCUCUCUCUCCGUUCAAAAAUGCGCCGGCACAAGCGAUGGCCUUUGAGGUCUCUUGUCUGCAGCUUCAGCUCCUCUGCGGCGGAGACAGUUACUACUUCAACGGCAGCUUCAGCGACGGCGGCUUUUCCGUUGAAGCAUGUGACAAGGUCGAACUUCGAGACGACGCUGAAUGAUCUACGCUCACUCGUAAAGGCUGCAGAUUUCGUGGCGAUUGACCUUGAGAUGACUGGCGUGACAAGCGCUCCGUGGCGAGACUCCUUAGAGUUCGACCGCUACGACGUCAGAUACCUCAAAGUCAAAGACUCCGCCGAGAAAUUCGCCGUCGUUCAGUUUGGUGUCUGUCCCUUUCGUUGGGAUUCUCGUACUCAGUCAUUCGUGUCCUACCCGCACAAUUUCUUUGUAUUUCCUCGUCAAGAACUCACAUUUGAUCCACCAGCUCAUGAAUUUCUCUGUCAGACUACAUCAAUGGAUUUUCUUGCCAAGUAUCAGUUUGAUUUCAACACCUGCAUACAUGAAGGAAUAUCUUAUUUGUCCAGACGAGAAGAGGAAGAGGCAAGUAAGCGUUUGAAAAUGCUACACGGCGAGGACGGAAUUGAUUCAUCGGGUGAAACUGAAGAGUUAAAGUUGGUGCGAUUGGCAGAUGUUCUUUUCGCUGCAAGGAUGGAGAAAUUGCUGAAUGAAUGGCGGUCUGGCCUGUUACAUGGUGGGAAUGCGUCCUCUGAGUUUCCGAGGAUUUCAAAUGGUUCAAACCAGAGUAUGGAAACUGUGUUUCACCAUAUGCGUCCUGCUCUCAGUCUGAAGGGUUUCACUUCUCAUCAGCUCAGAGUUCUUAACUCGGUAAUGCUCUCUGUUUUACAUCUUUUCUUCAGGCUAUUUGUUUUUAAUCAGUUGGUUUUGGAUUUGGCUUUGUAGGUUUUAAGAAAGCAUUUUGGAGAUCUUGUGUACAUACAUUCAAAUGAUAAAAGUUCUUCUUCACGAGACAUUGUUGUGUAUACUGAUUCAGAUUCCGACAAGGAAAACCUCAUGAAGGAGGCAAAGGACGAACGCAAGAGAUUGGCAGAAAGAAAAAUACAAUCUGCAAUCGGGUUCCGUCAAGUGAUUGAUCUGCUUGCUUCAGAGAAAAAGCUGAUCGUUGGUCACAAUUGUUUCCUCGAUAUUGCACAUGUAUACAGCAAAUUUGUGGGUCCUCUUCCUUCAACAGCUGAGAAAUUCGUGGCCUCCAUUAACAGUCACUUUCCUUAUAUUGUUGACACCAAAAUACUCUUAAACGUGAAUCCAAUGUUGCAUCAGCGGAUGAAAAAGUCCAGUACAUCACUGUCUUCCGCGUUUUCCUCGUUAUGUCCGCAAAUCGAGUUUUCUUCAAGAAGCUCUGACUCGUUUCUUCAGCAGCGUGUCAAUAUUGACGUUGAAAUAGACAACGUUAGGUGUUCUAACUGGAAUGCAGGAGGAAAACACGAAGCCGGUUAUGAUGCUUUCAUGACAGGUUGCAUCUUUGCGCAGGCAUGCAAUCAUCUCGGUUUUGACUUCAAACAGCAUUCGCAGUUAGAUGACUUUGCCCAGAACGAGAAACUUGAAAAGUACAUCAACCGUCUUUAUCUCAGCUGGACAAGAGGUGAUAUCAUCGACCUUCGAACAGGCCAUAGUAAUGCAGAUAACUGGCGAGUCUCAAAGUUCAAAUACGAGAACAUUGUCCUCAUCUGGAACUUCCCACGAAAACUUAAGGCGAGAGGGAUCAAAGAAUGCAUAUGCAAAGCCUUUGGCUCUGCUUCUGUCACCUCUGUCUACCACGUGGACGACUCUGCGGUUUUUGUCCUGUUUAAGAACUCAGAACUUGUCUGGGACUUCUUAGCACUCAAGCGGCAGCUGGAGUCAAGCGACGGUCCAGUCUCAGUUCUUCACCCUUUAUCCAAGAUCCUUGAAGGAGGAAACACUGGAGCUGCAGACUACGAAGCAUACAAAGAGAUUUGCAGCUCACACGUCUCAGAGGUCAUGUUCUCUGACCAAGCUGAAACAGUUGGUGUCAAAUCAAGAACAAGACCCAACGCACAAUGCGAGACUGAGACAAGAGAGGAGAACACAGUCACUGUGACUCACAAAGCAUCGGAUUUGAUUGAUGCGUUUUUGGCCAAUAGAGUUGAAGUCGAAACUGCUACGAGUAAUUAACUAUGCCAUCUAACAUUUUUUUUGUCAACGUGAAACGCAAUAAUAUAAUACAAGAUAAUAUGUUUUGCGAUGACCAAAAUUUUGAUAAUGAAACAUAUGAAAUAAUGUGCGGAUAAAACAUCUAGAACUAUCAGUACUAAUAAAGUCAAACAAUUGAUCUGUUGGAGAUGUCAAUCUCAAUCAAGUUAUCUUCUGCUUCAAGUUCUUCCCAAAUCUCCAUGAUCAUCAUCUCCUCGUAAUAAUCUUCUCUACUCAGCCAACGUUUCUUCACACUCUCCAACUUUGCUUCUCUCACCAGACAGAUCUCUAUCAAACCCUCUUCUUCUUCAUGUAGGUUGGUUUCCGUUUCCAGACUUUUAAGCUCCUCCUGAUCAUGACGAUAAGAUUUGGAUUCCUUGUUACACACGGCAAUCGUGUGGAGAACGUUAGAGAGAAACAAGAUUGGGAUCAUGCAUAGAUUCUUCAAGAAAGAAAGUGAUAAGAUCAAUAGUGUCUUAUUGACUCCAUUU